UUGUGGGAGAAGAGCAAGAUACAGAGGAGCAGAGCAGCAGAUAAACGUGAAUGGGAGGAAGCCAUCAGCACCAUAGUAACCAUUAAUCACCCAGGGCCAUUGUGGUCCUGUCCUGUGUACGGCGCCAGUGCAGGCAGGCAGGCAGACAGAGAAAAAGAAGAAGAGAGGAAGAGGCAGAGGAAGAGGGAGAGAGAGGGCAGGGUGGCUGCAGGGAGAAAGAGGGGGAGAGAAUGGCUGGGGAUCAGCCUGUAUGUCCACCUCAGCUCCUACUGCGGGGCUGGGGAGCAGUGCUGCUGUCUCAGUGCUUGUCCUCCGUGUUCUCUCAGAUCCCGGAUCCUGAGCUUUUACCCACAGAUCCCCCAAAGAAGCCGGACCCCAUCACAUCAGAGACCGUCGUUUUCUGGGGGCUGCGGUUAUGGCAGGUCAUCGGCAUCUUUGCGGUGUUUGCUUUAGCAGUUGUUAUCACUCUGUGCUGUAUAUUCAAAUGUCGAAUCCCGAGAACCAAAAAGGAAAUCGAGGCACGGCAUGCGCAAAGACAGGCCGCCAAGAAAUACGCCAACACAUUAGAGACUGUGCCACCUCUGAAUGAACUAACUGAGAUCCCGGGAUCUGCAAAAGCAGAAGAAAAUGAGGAGGUGACAACAGUCUCUGGGAAAGUAGACGCCGAUAAGGGAGAGAAAAAGACCAAGGAGGGCAAGAAAGAGGGCAAGGGUGCCAAAGAAGGGAAAGCAGAUGAAAAGGAUGCAUCAACAAAGAAGAAAGGUGAAAAAGGUGAAAAGGUAGCAACCAAGAAAGAAGCUGGUGAAGGGAAAGGGAAGAAAUCUGGAGAGAAGGGAGAUAGAGGGGAAAAAGGAGACAAAGGAGGGGCUAAAGGGGGAGCCAGGAAAGCUCAAAAGUGAACUCUCCAAGGACAAGCACUGCAAAAGAUCAUUUCUUAUUUUUCAUUGCAAGCCUUUUGCACACUUGUUUGUUUUUUUUUUUUGUAAAAUAAAAUUUGUAUCACAUUAUUCUUAAAAUAAACAA